AGUGGGCGAGCUAGGAUAGGCUGGGAGUUUGGUCGAAGCCGUCAGCGGGUCUGACUCCGCGCAAGGCUAAAGAAAGUGGAAAAGAGGGGCCGACUGGUUGGUAACUUCUAAUCCUCUCGGAGGUUGGGCGGAAAAGAAACGUAACAGAUUUGCAGAUAUUUGGAAAGUGAGAGCUUUCGGGUUUGAACGCCGCGUAGAAGAAGAACGUCGUUGGUUGGAAAACUUUUUAUUCUAUUUUUCCAGGCGGGUUUGCUCGUUCUUCAAACCCCUCUGUCUGAGGAAUCUGCCUUUUCGCUGUAACCCCGCAGAGAGGACAUCAUCAUGCCGCGGCGUACCGUCCAGGAGGUGACCGUGCAGGAUGUGCAGAAACGACGGACUCCCAACAAACACUACGUUUAUAUAAUCAAGGUCUGUUGGAGUGAUGGCAGCACUGAAACAAUUUACAGACGCUACAGCAAGUUCUUUGACCUUCAGAUGGAAUUGCUGGAUAAAUUCCCAGUGGAAGGAGGGCAGAAAGACCCAAAACGCCGCAUCAUUCCAUUCCUUCCAGGGAAGAUUCUGUUCAGACGGAGCCAUAUAAGAGAUGUGGCAAUGAAGAGGCUGAGGCCCAUCAACGAAUAUUGCCGGGCUCUAAUUCAGCUGCCAGUCUACAUUUCUCAGUGUGAGGAGGUCAGAAUAUUCUUCGAGACCAGACCCGAGGACCUCAACCCCCCGAAAGAGGAACUGAUGGUGAAGAAGAAACCAGGAGACUCCACCUCUGGUGACGCUCUUCUACUUGACCAGUAUGUGGCAGUAACAGACUAUGAGAAGCAGGAGAGCUCUGAGAUCAGCCUCCGUGUGGGUCAAGUGGUGGAGGUCAUUGAGAAAAAUGAAUCUGGAUGGUGGUUUGUGAGUUCUGAAGAUGCACAGGGCUGGGUCCCUGCCACCUGCCUUGAGGUGCAGGAUGACCCUGAUGACUUCACACUACCAGGGGAAGAAGUUCCACGGAGAUUCUGGUCAUUUCCCAGACAUGUGGGUCGACGCAGAACUUUAGGGGAUCUAUUCAGCACAGGCUUUGGGCAAGAAGAGAAGUAUUCCGUGAUUUACCCAUACUCAGCCCGGGAUCAGGAUGAAAUUGACCUGGAGAGAGGCAUGAUUGUGGAGGUUAUUCAGAAGAAUUUGGAAGGGUGGUGGAAGAUAAGGUACCAGGGUCGUGAGGGCUGGGCCCCUGCCUCCUACCUGAAGAAAUCAGACAUUCAAAGCCAGAGACAGUCAGCAGGUGCUGCUGCUCAUGCCAGUGCAAAUGACUUGGAAGGAAUUUCUAAACAAAGCCCACAAAACAAUGCAAAGGAAAACAGACUUUCACUUUUCUCAGAUAACAACAAAAGUAAAGUGGGAUCACGGCACAGACCACCUCCUCGCAGGGAUCUUACCAUUCCAAGAGGAACAAACUUGCCAAAGCCACCUGUUCCUCCUCUAGUGGAAGAAGAAUUCUACACUAUAGCAGACUUUCAGACCACCAUUCCUGAUGGAAUUAGCUUCCAAGCUGGAGUGAAAGUUGAGGUGAUAGAGAAGAAUGGAAGUGGUUGGUGGUACAUUCAGAUAGAGGAAAAAGAGGGCUGGGCACCUGCCAACUUUAUUGACAAGUACAAGAAGACCAGCAACGCGCUGAGACCCAAUUUCCUGGCCCCACUGCCCAACGAGAUGGAGAAGCUGUGCCUUGAGGAUGGUGGUUCUUCAAAUGUCACAGACACAGAUGACACCUGGUCCAAGCCAUUACCAGAUGAACCAACCACAGCCCAGGACACACACACCCGGCCUAAACUGAGAGAUUGGAAGUCUGGUUUCUCCGGGCCUUUGCCCCCAGCUCCGGCAGCACCUCCUAUUGAGGAGAAGCCAGCUUUGCCGCCACGAAGGGAAUCUAUCAAUAAAAGCUUUGAGUUUGAGGGGGUUGAGAAGCCAAGAUCAGAUCAUCCCAAGCCUUUGCCCCCAAAACCACCAGCACCUGGGGUUAUAGUGCCCCUUGUGACACCCAAGACAGCACCCUUUAAACCAGACAAACCACCGGAGGCCAAAAAAGAAGAUAAGAGCAAAGCACUCUACCUGAAGAAUGAAAUGGGUUUGGAAUGUGGUCAUAAGGUCUCUGCCAAAGAGGUUAAGAAGUUUAACCUUAAACCUGUACCCAAACAGCCUCCCAAACCCAAGUCAGAUGUGCAGGAAGAAAAACCAGAGGUGGCUGGACCUGCAGUGUUAAUGAAAGCCAAGCCAGUAAUCAGACCUAAACCUGCCCCAGCUGCUAAGCCAGAAGCCCUGGCUGAGAAAAAAGUAGACAUUACCAACCUGAGAAGUAAGUUAAGACCAUCAAAACCUUUGGAUCAGGGCUCUGCAGAAGGGAACCAUCAGAAUGAAACAGUAGAACCAGGAAAUGGAUCCUCCCCAAUUCAGAUCCCAACUCUUAAUUCUGAUAAGUCCUCUGAUGAGUCCAAAAUCACCUCAAAACACAGAAAUGCCCUUAGGAAGGACAGCUCAUCACCUCCUUCAAAACCAGGAGUCCCCCCCCACAAGGAACCCCCUCAGAGACCCACCAUGGGCCCACGCAGACCACCUCCUCCAAAGAAAGCUGAACAAUUGGGCCACACUGAAACCAAACCACAGGUUAUGAAAGAACCCCAGGAAAUCCCCAAGAAUGGACUGCCGCAACUCAGCAGACCCCCGCCACCAAAACCCAAGGGAUUUCCUCAGCCACCUGCAAGCAAAGAGAAGGAUGAGUGCAAGGGGAAUAAACUCCCAAUUCCACCUAAGCCCCAGUUAAAGAGUGAGAAGCCUGGACCUCCCAAAGACAAGCUUCCACCUUUGCUCAAGGACAGCAGUAAGGAAGAGCUGUAUCUAGCUGUGGCGGACUUUGAAGGGGAUGAGCAAACGUCCAGCUUCAAGGUUGGCACAGUAUUUGAGGUUCUGGAAAAGAACAGCAGUGGUUGGUGGUUCUGCAAAAAUGUUGGAGAAGAUAGUGAGGGCUGGAUCCCUUCAAAUUACCUGAGCAAGAAACCCUAAGUAGGAAACAUGCUCUUAAAAACACAAAACACAAUAUUUUCCUGCCAUGUAGUAGUUCUUAUUUAUAGGUACCUUUUUCUAAACUUGAUUCAACAUAAUAAUACAUUCUACUAACUGAACCAGCAAUACCACAUGACCUCUUUUGGUUGUUGUGAGCUUUACUUCUCUUUAUUUCAUUGAUUUUCUUGGCUUGUCAGUCAUACUCUCUCUUGUAUGUCUUUGCUCAGGCCAGACACUAAAGGAGCAGUAACACACUUGCCUUUUCUGACGCAGUGCCUCAAUGCUAUGCUCAAAGUGCUUCAGUGUUCGGUAUGCAGCCGUAGCUUUAGUGAUUCUUAGAAUUAGUUGACUGCAAAGUUGGAAAAAAAAAGGGGAAAAAGAUUCAGCCAAAGAUUCAAAACUAAUACCAAAUCCCUAAAGGUUGAACUCAAAAAGUUCUCCUUGAUUUUCUAGUAUUAGUAGAAAUGUCAUCAAAUACUCUUUAGCCAAGUAGAUGUGUGCCGUCUGAUGAACAAGCAAGACACAUAUUCAUUAUAAAUAAUUUACAAUUGCUUUCUUUUCCCUGUACUGACUUAAUAUUCAAUAUUGCAAUGAUUUGUAACAGAUGUGCACUUUUCUUGAGGUCAGUUCAGGUGAGUUAAGAGGGCACUUUGCAGAGCGUACAGGUGUACUAAGAAAGUACAGACUGCAUUUAAGUCUCUUGCAAGCCAUUUCCUUUGGCAAGGUUUUAAUAUUUUUUUAUAAAUUUUACUUUCUUGUAAUUAAUUAUCCAUAUUAGUCCUUUGUUACAAGAGGAGGGAAAUAGGUGAGAAAUAGUUAACAGGUUAAGGAGAAGGAGUUUGUCAAAGUAUUUUCAAAUGUUCCACAUCUUGAAAUGAAAUCUGUAAAAUGUGAAUUGCAGAGCACAUCUAGCCAUAAAAACAGGAUUUUCACUUAUGUGUGCAAUCAUUUACAGUAUUGUAAGUGUACAGGCUGUUAACUCAAGUUUGGUGCUGGGAUUACGGUAUACAAAGUUGUGACCAUUGUCAAAAGAUGUUUUACAUGAAUGCUUGACUGGUUUCAAGCAUGGUCAGUAUGACAAAUGUUUUUUUUAUUGUACAGUUCAAGUCAUAUCUUAACUGAUUUUUUUAAAUAUUAUCCAUGUAGUAUUUUCUUUUUAGGACUAAAUAAACAAAAGCUGAAAUGUGGUCAUUAUUGAGCUAAACAAAACAUCUCAUCACUUAAGAAUUUGGUCAAACAGGCUUUUAUCUCAAGUAGUUCAAUAUGUAUUGGUUCAAAUUACAGACAAGGCUAGAAGCUGUAGCGGAUACAGUUGUGCAACUAGUUGCUAUAAUUUUCUACAUUUUAUACAGAUGACUAGAAAUGGGAAACAAGGAAUCUAUAAUACCAUCUGAACAAAAUCUUUGGAAUGGAUUAGAACAUUAAAAUACAAUAAAUGUGUAUGCAUUGUCAUUUCAGUAUUGUAACUGAUUGUUCUUUUUUAUAUAAUUUUCAUUUCCAGUCUCCGUUUUGAGUCAAUAAAUAAAUGAGAUUUUCCACA